AUGGCCGCUCGCCUCUCGCCGCUCGCCUAUACUCCCCGCCCCCUGGACCAAGAUCCUCGUUGUUCAGACCCCUCAGAGGCCCUCCGUGCGUCUACGCUUGGGCGGAGUUCUUCGAAAAAUAUUGAAGAAGGAGAAGUCUACGAUAACUCAGAAGACGAAGAAGCUGUCGAUGGUUUGUUGUAA